AUCAUAUACAUGAUACAUCCAGCAAUAUGAACCUACACAUCUUCCUUCAAUGAAGAAUAUGUCUCAGAAUUCGCGACACAUAUCCGAAGAAUCACACAUAACCAUCUUCUUCAAAGAUCUCUUGCUCGGAUCUUCCAUUAUUUUUUCCUAAAACCCUAUAAAUUUACAUAAACAAUUUGCAUCAUUAAAUUGAUCUAUAUUCUAUCCGAUUUCACAUGUAACGUACAAUGGAAGCUUUCGAAUUUAGGUUUUCCUAUGUGUAACCAGUUACACUCAUUCCAAUGGUGGUCUGCAAGUGCCGAAAGGCAACUAAAUUGUACUGCUUCGUCCACAAGGUUCCUGUUUGUGGUGAAUGUAUAUGUUUCCAGGAACAUCAAAUUUGCGUGGUUGGAACAUACUCAGCAUGGGUAGUUGAUGGAGAAUAUGAUUGGCCUACAAAGUGCUGCCAUUGCCAAACUGUGCUCACAGAGAGCAAUGAUCCUCAAACAACACGAUUGGGUUGUUUGCAUAAUAUACAUACAAAUUGCUUAGUUUCACAUAUAAAAAGUUUUCCUCAAGAUACUGCUCCAGAUGGAUUUACUUGUCCAGCAUGUUCAACUCCAGUAAGAUCCAUGUCUAUGAUAUGGCCUCCUAAAAAUGUAAAAAACUCAGGCUCCCGCCUGCAUUCACAGUUGAAGGAAGCAAUUAUGCAGAGUGGAAAUGAGAAGAGCUUGUUUGGAAAUCAUCCAAUUUCAUCACCACCCAAACAUUCUCAUGGACCACCUCCUGCUUUUGACUCUGAUCCUUUAAAACCAAAAAGUUCCCUCUGGAAACACCCAAAUUCUGGUGCUACAACAAGAAAGACUACUCCACAAGGUGAAAAGCAAACAUCUGAAUUCUCUUAUUAUGCAGAUGAUGAAGAUGCUAAUAAGAAGAAGUAUACAAGAAGAGGCAGUUGUUGUGACAAGUUUAUGAGAUCAUUGGUACCUUUUUGGUCAAGUGCUUUGCCUACUUUACCGGUAACCGCACCUCCUAAAAAAGAGGGAAAUGCAGAUGACACGUCAUCGCGUCACCAUAGACCAUCAAGAAUGGAUCCAAGAAAAAUACUUCUCGUCAUAGCAAUCAUGGCGUGUGUGGCAACAAUGGGUGUUCUGUAUUACAGAAUCGCACAACAUGGUUUGGAGGAUAAGUUGGUUGAUCAGGUAGUGCAACAGUGACAUGUUUUGAUACUUUGAUCGAAGAUCAUCUCAUACUAUUCAGAAUCAUGAUUUGAUUGAUAUAAAGUGGAUCAUUUGUUUCAUGAAUAGUUAAUAAAUGAUAGUUUCGAGUUUUAUAGUAAGCCAACAGUUUCUUUCUUGAUUAAAUUUGAUUCACAUAGAUACAAAACAUGCG